UGGAAAGGCUGCUGAAGGUUUCAGCAUCUUUAUUAUGGAGGCGACAAAUGCAUUCACAAGACACAAUGUGCGAAUGACGGGGAGGGAGACUGUCUUUUAUCUGACCUUGUAGAACAGAAAUCAAUAGUAAAGAGAUUGAGAACUCACCAGCAGAGCAAACGUUCUCGUGCCGCAGGAAUUAAAGAGAGUGAGACAGACCGAGAGACAACAGUGGCAUAGCAGAGAUUGGCUCCGGGCCCAGUUACACAAGUGCCCAGCAGAAAGGAUCUUACAGCACGCUGUGUUUGUGUUUGCUUUGCUUUAGCACUUUGGACACACCCUUCUGGAGGAUUUUCUUUGUAAACCAGUGACAUUGAAGGGAGGAGGGGCCACCGCCUGCUUUUGCUUUCCCUCCUGGUCAUGUGACACAUUACCCUUCCAGUAACUAUGACAACCAGCACUGGUCCAGCCUGUAUCUUGCUGUUAUGAGCAGGGGAGGGAGAGAGAAAGAAAAAGAGAGAAGAGGAAGCCCAAAAUAAACACACUCUUCCCAGCAGCUGUCAGAGAUCGCAGGUGAAAAUGACCUAUGGCGGAAGUUGAAUCGCAAACAGAGAGACUCUGAGUAAGGUGGACGGUGCCUGUCCCAUAAUCCCUGCUAGUUGGGUCAAGGGACCAUGGGAGAUGGAGGCAUCAAUGCGGUGGGAGAAGGGGUGAAUCAGUCUCACGUGCUCUUUGACCGCUUUGUCCAGGCCACCACCUGCAAAGGCACUCUCAAGGCUUUUCAAGAGCUUUGUGACUUCCUGGAACUCAAGCCCAAUGAAUACUGUGUGUUCUACCACAAACUCAAGUCCAAGCUCAACUACUGGAAAGCCAAAGCUCUCUGGGCCAAGUUAGACAAGCGCGCCAGCCACAAAGAAUACAAAAAAGGAAGGGCCUGUGCCAACACCAAGUGUCUGAUCAUUGGAGCUGGACCAUGUGGUUUACGAACAGCCAUAGAGCUGGGCUUCCUGGGAGCCAAGGUGGUUUUGCUGGAGAAGAGGGAUGCAUUCUCCCGAAACAAUGUGCUCCAUCUUUGGCCUUUCACCAUUCACGAUCUGAGGGGUCUUGGAGCAAAGAAGUUCUAUGGCAAGUUUUGUGCUGGAGCCAUCGACCAUAUCAGUAUUCGCCAGUUGCAGCUGAUGCUUUUGAAGGUAGCUCUUCUCCUUGGCAUCGAGAUUCACGUCAACGUGGAGUUCAAAGGCCUCAUUGAGCCACCAGAAGACCAAGAGAAUGAGAGAAUUGGGUGGAGAGCCGAGGUCCACCCCAGAACACAUCCAGUCAAUGAGUUAGAGUUUGAUGUCAUAAUUGGGGCAGAUGGGAGGAGAAAUACACUGUCAGGUUUUAAGAGGAAGGAGUUCAGGGGCAAACUGGCUAUCGCUAUCACAGCUAACUUCAUUAACCGCAACACGACUGCAGAAGCGAAGGUGGAGGAGAUCAGUGGAGUAGCCUUCAUCUUCAACCAGAAGUUUUUCCAGGACCUUAGAGAAGCCACAGGAAUUGACCUGGAAAACAUUGUCUACUAUAAGGAUGACACACACUACUUUGUAAUGACUGCCAAAAAGCAGAGCCUUCUGGAGAAGGGCGUCAUUCUACAUGACUAUGCUGACACUGAAAUGCUGCUGUCCAGGGCCAAUGUUGACCAGAAGGCUCUGCUGUCCUAUGCCAUAGAAGCAGCAGAUUUCUCUACCAAUCAUCAGCUUCCUAAGCUGGACUUUGCCAUCAACCAUUACGGCCAACCUGAUGUCGCCAUGUUUGACUUCACCUGUAUGUACGCCUCAGAGAACGCAGCGCUCGUCCGCCAGCGCAACGCCCAUAAGCUGCUAGUAGCCCUGGUGGGGGACAGUCUUCUAGAGCCGUUCUGGCCGAUGGGCACUGGAAUAGCAAGAGGUUUCUUGGCAGGCUUGGAUGCAGCGUGGAUGGUGCGGAGUUGGGCUCAUGGAAGCUCCCCUUUGGAAGUGCUGGCUGAACGGGAAAGUAUCUAUCGACUGCUGCCUCAGACGACACCAGAGAAUGUGAGCAAGAACUUUAGUCAGUACAGCGUGGACCCGACUACACGGUACCCCAACAUCAGCCUUCAUCAAGUCAGACCCAACCAGGUACGGCAUCUGUUAGACACCGGAGAAAUCAGGGAUUUGCGUGUCGACAUGGAGAAUGUGGUCAACUCUUCAACUCCUAGACUCACAAGAAAUGAAAUUCUGCUUGAGAAGCAAUUGCAAGAAUCCAUUGUGCGCUCCAGUAAGCUGCUGAACUGGUGUCAGAGGCAGACGGAGGGAUACAGAGGUGUCAGCGUGUCUGAUCUCACCACGUGCUGGAAGAGCGGCCUGGCCCUGUGCGCGCUCAUCCACUGUUACAGACCAGACCUCAUUGACUUUGACUCGCUGGAUGAGAAAGAUGUGGAGAAGAACAACCAGUUGGCUUUUGACGUGGCUGAAAAAGAGUUUGGAAUUUCUCCCAUCAUGACCGGGAAGGAGAUGUCUGUUGUGGUGGAGCCUGACAAGCUCUCCAUGGUGAUGUACCUCAGCCAGUUCUACGAGAUGUUCAAGGACACUGUGCCACCUGGUGAAAACCACAAUCUGAGCCCUGAAGAGAAGGCUGUGUUGAUUGCCAGCACUAAAUCACCCAUCUCGUUUUUCAGUAAACUGGGUCAAAGCAUCGCCAUCUCCCGCAAACGAAACCCCAAGGAUAAAAAAGAAAAGGAACUGGAUGGACUGGGAAAAAGACGAAAGACCAGCCAGGCUGGACAGUCAGAGGAUGAAGAGCUGAAGAGGGUUAAUCGAGACGACAGGCCCUCUAUAGCAACAGCUCUGGCAGAGCGUAAAAUUGACUCGGCUGCAGCAGUGAACAACAACAAUAAAGUGAAGGUGAUGGCCACACAGCUGCUAGCGAAGUUUGAGGAGAACGCCCCGACGCAGUCCACCGGACUCAAGCGACAGGGUGACUCCAUGCCCGAUCUGGGGCUCAUACUGACCCCCUCUCCGGCCGCUCCCUCUCUGAAAGAGUCAGUGCGGCUGGCUCCAGUCCCUGCAUGGAGGAAGGGUUCGUUGCGGAAGGAGUUCCCUCAGAACAUUGGAGGCAGUGAUGUGUGUUUCUUCUGUCGGAAGCGUGUCUACGUGAUGGAGCGUCUCAGUGCAGAGGGAAAGUUUUUCCAUCGCAGCUGCUUCAAGUGCGACUACUGCGGCACCACCCUCCGCCUGUCCUCCUACGCCUUCGAUGUUGAGGACGGGAAGUUUUACUGUAAACCACACUACUGCUACCGACUUUCUGGUCUGGCUCAGAGAAAGCGGCCUGCUGCUCCUGCUCCCGUAAAUGCCAAGGAGCCCCAGGUGUUGGCGGUAACCCCCAACACAGUGGAUGCCCCAGGCCAAUCCAUAACUUCUCAGGCCCCUGUGGAGCUCCGGCCCUCAGUCACAGAGGUGAACGGGGUUAUAGAGCCCAGCGUGGCCAAACGUCUUAAAGGGACUCCUGAAAGGAUCGAGCUGGAGAACUACCGUCUAUCUAUGAUGAGAGAGGAGGAGCUGCAGGAGGUGCCCGAGGAGACGCUGGCCGAGCACAACCUCAGCAGUGUGCUGGACAAAGCCACCGGCAUUGAGGAGGGAUCCAGCAGCUCAGAGUCUGAUAUGGAGGAAGAGGAUGAAGAACCAGAAGGGGCCGGCCCAUCCGAUCUGGGUGGGGUUCCCUGGAAAGAGGCGGUGGAGCUCCACGCUAAACUAAAAGGAGAAAGCGACCCUGGUGCAGCAGAAGACAACAAUGGCCUUCAUGAUGGAGAGAUGGAUGAGGAUGAAGAGGAGGAGGAGGAGGAAGAUGAAGACGAGGAGGAGGAAGAAGAAGAGGAAUCGAGUGAUGCGGGAGAGUAUUUCCCUUGGGAGAGGGAGCUUCAGUCAGGUCUUUGGUUGGAAAAUCUCGCAGAUGAAGAGGAUACGGGUGUAUUUAAAGCUAGAAACCUGCGAAUCCAGCAAGCCAUACAUCCAGUAGACCCUCUGGACAUCCAGAUAGACAACCACUGGAUAUCCAAACAAGCUGAAGGGCCGGUUGAGGGCCCCUUGGUGUCACCCUUAGGCUCUCAGCCCUCGCUGAACAACACCCAGCUCACACAGCACACCUCCUCCACAGCCCCCUCCCACAAAUCCAUGCGUCAUGAGGCUGUCAGAGCCUGGUUGGACUCGAUGUCUGGAGAGCCAUGUGAAGAGGAUGAUGACCCAGAAGCAGAAGCAGGCAGUCCUGACUUUGAGCCAGGCACUGAAAAAGACCAAGAGGACAUUCCCUCAGAUGCAGAGGCUGAAGCUCGCUCACAUUGCAUAGAUGAAGUGGUGAUGCUUCCAGUGGAUAAUGGCAAAGCAGAGAGCCAGGGACAUGUUUCUGACACUGAGAAAACGUCUGCAAAUCCAAAGGAAUUGAUUGUGGACGUUGUGCUGUCUCCAAUCCAAAAACCUGCUUUACCCAUUGAAGAGGUGAAAGACGUUUCUCCUGUAAUGCUAGUUAAAUCUCCUGGUGCACGUUUUUUCUCUGAGCCCUAUCUACUUGAUGAUGUUAAACCCAACAUUCCCCUGCCUCAGAGUCCUGAUGCUAAAAGUCCCUAUUCACCUGCUGCUCAAAUUACUGCGCUGUCGCCCAUCUGCUCCCAACCUGUUCCACAACCAGAAACAACAUCUCUUAAAUCUCCUGUCCAGCAUGAGCCUUGUGCCUGCUCUCCAACAGGUAAUCCUUUGUCUCCAAUAUGUACCCAAUCACAGCCCUGCAACGAGCCACCCUCACCCCUCUCCACAAGCUCCCCUGUCAGGACUCAGCCAGUCCCAGCUAUCACUUCCACUCCUUUGGCUAAACCUGCUUCUGAGAAGAGAACCAAUGACCCCUUGAAAGAUUCAGUGCCUGAGGAAUCCCCCAUCAAGAAAACGGACAUCAUUGAGGAGUUCUGGUUGAAGAGUGCAGAGAUCAGAAAGAGUUUAGGACUCUCUCCUCUGGAUCGAAGCAAACCAUCAGUGGAGAAGAGCAUUGUGAAAACUCCAACGCCUGGAUCACCAUCUCCAAAGUCUUACACCCCAGAGGACUUGUCUGAAGAGCAGAAGCCUUCUUUCACAGGCCGUUCUAUCAUACGCAGGAUCAACAUUACCUUGGAGGGUCAGGUUAUAUCUCCGGUGGAACCUAAGAGUAAUGAUUCUGAGAAGAAGGACUUGAGCAGCAGUUCAGGGUUGGGUCUUAAUGGAAGCGUGACUACCAGUCAGACAGUAGCUAGUGACAGCUACAACAACUCUGAUUCUACCAUGCUUACCCCUCCUUCCAGUCCCCCACCACUUCCACCUAAUGAGGAGCCAGCUUCUCUCCAAACCAAAAGGUCUCAGGUGUCCUGGGACAACCUUCUUGAAGCCACAGAGGAGCCUAAACCUGAGACUACACCCCCUAAACCUAAGACUCCAGUUAGUUCUCCUCAACCAAAACCAGUUGUAGCUCCAGUUCAAGACCCUGGAACUAACCCACCUGUUGUUUUGAGGGUAAAGGAACCGAAUAAACCACGCCGUGAAGAAGUGAGAAAGUCUUUUGUGGAGUGUAUAGACGAGAUACCAUUUGCUGACGACGUUGAAGACACGUACGAUGACCGCACUCCGGACACAAGUGUUCUGGAAAAAUUUUACACCCCGCCAACCAGCAAGGUCAACCGUGAGAAGCCGCCUUUGCACCUGGAACUGGCAAUGGAAAAUGGCAAGCCCAACAUACAUAGUGGAGUUUCCCGGACAGCAAAGGGUCCCCAACGUUUUUCUCUUGAAGCCAAGGAGAUUGCAGAAGAGCGAAUGCGGGCUCGGGAGAAGUCUGUGAAGAGCCAAGCUCUGAAAGACGCCAUGUCCAAGCAGCUUACUAAGAUGAAAGAAUCAGAUGCUGCCAAGGGUGCUGUGGCAAAAGUCGCCUGGAAUGUUUCUGAGACAACAGGGAAAAACAAAAAGCAAUCAAACACACCCAAGGACUCAGCAGUGAAGGCUUUGGAGUCCAAAAAGCAGACAGAGACACUACCUGACCGUUUCUUCACUACACCGACCAGUAAGACAUUGGACAGUUCCGUCACAUCUUCAGAAAGCUCAACAGGGGGCAAAAGCAAAAAGCGCAGUUCACUGUUUUCUCCACGCAAGAACAAAAAAGAAAAGAAAGCCAAAAAUGAAAGGCUCUCUGGCACAGAAGAGACUCCACCCAAACACAAGUCCCUGUGGAAGACGGUGUUCUCUGGCUACAAGAAGGACAAAAAGAAAAAAGACGACAAGUCAUGCCCAAGCACAUCCUCCAGCUCUACAACUGAAGACUCGGGGAAGAAGAAAGAAUCACCACUGGACAGGUCCUCAGAUUUACGUCUGAGGAGAAAUCUGAGCUUUUCUGAGGACUCUGAUCUCUCCUGUGAUGAUGUACUGGAAAGAUCCUCUCAGAAGUCCAAGGGUGAUUCUGUUUAUGUACCUCAUGCAUUGGCGUUCAAGAGAUCGUAUGCCACAAAGAAAACGUACACGGAGGAGGAACUCAACGCCAAGUUAACAAGAAGAGUACAGAAAGCUGCACGGAGGCAGGCCAAGCAAGAGGAGCUCAAGAGACUCCACAGAGCCCAGAUCAUUCAGAGGCAGCUGGAGCAGGUGGAAGAGAAACAGAGGCAGUUAGAGGAGAGAGGUGUCGCUGUGGAAAAGGCGUUGCGAGGGGAAGCAGGGUUGUAUAAAGGUUCUAGUGUUAGUCCAAAACAGCGUAAGAGGCGCUCAGACUAUUGGGGAGAGUCUAAUUACAGUGAGAUCCUGGAUUUGCAUCUGGGCGGAAUGGGUAAAAAGGACGAUCCGAAGCUGAUGCAGGAAUGGUUUAAACUUGUCCAGGAGAAGAAUGCCUUGGUGCGCUAUGAAUCGGAGCUGAUGAUAUUUGCUCGAGAGCUGGAGUUGGAGGACAGACAGAGUCGACUGCAGCAGGAACUGCGAGAACGCAUGGCAGUAGAUGACCAUCUGAAGACCGAGGAGGAACUUGCAGAGGAGAAACAGAUUCUGAAUGAAAUGUUAGAGGUAGUCGAGCAAAGAGAUUCUCUGGUGGCCCUGCUGGAGGAGCAGAGACUCAGGGAGAAAGAAGAGGAUAAAGACCUGGAGGCGGUGAUGCUCUCUAAGGGAUUCAGCCUCGACUGGGCUUAGCAUAACAAUGGCGAAACACUUCUGACCGCCAGCGAUUCCCAGUUUCACCGCAGGGAGUGUAAAAAAUUGCAGAAAGAACCGGUCUGUCUCCCCCCUCGUUUAAUUGGGCCUGUCAGGAACGUUUACAAAUCCCCUCAUGAGCACGAUGAUGAUGUUUACGAGUUCUCCAGGCACGACUCGGGGCAUUUCAUCCCUCGGCAGCCAAGGCAUUGGUUCUGUGCAAGACGUUCUCUCAUUCAGAAUGAACUUUUUAUUUAUUUUUUUGCUCUUGAAAAGGGACAUAUCAAUCCUGCUGAUGUUGAGGAAGUCUGAGACUAAUGAUCUUACAAAAAGCCAGUCUUGUUUUUCAAAGAAUGUCUGGUCAAUCAACUGUUACGAUUUCAUGGACGACAGGAGUUUGGAUUAACGUAUAAGCAUCAGACCUCCAUGGUGUGGUUCACAGAUAAGCAUCUGAUGGACUUCUGUAAUUGUCACAGACAUCCUCAGCGACUGACACGUUGUGUUUGUAGCAUCGACAAUUGCACAAUUUUCAAAUCUGUCAGUAGCCACCUGAUAUUAGAGAUAUUGGUGUACUUCACUGAUGUUGGUUUCCGUUUGUCUCGAGUGGCGUUGCCGCACAUAUAUCCUAAAAUCAGUUUACAAUCAUUUAUAAUCCAUGAAUAUCUGAUACUUGUAUUAUAGUUUACAUAAAGCAGUGGAGUAUAUAUUAGUAUGUAAACUUCCUCAAUGCAGAUAGCUCAUAAGAAUAUCUAUAUACACACACAAUAUGCAUUGAUGUACAAUCAAAUGCGUUAUGCAUUUGCUGGUUGGUCAGUGGUUUCAUGAACAGUUAAGGCACCCACUGCUUUUCUGACUUUAUUUAGUAUCAAAUCAGAUGAAGAGUUGGUGCCCAUUUUCACAUUUAAUUAUCUGCCACCAAGGUUUGGUGUUGUAUUCCACUUUCUCCAGGUUUGGAGCAAAAUGGCUUUUUUUUUACUUCUCAUGCAACAGCUUUUCACAUCCACAGAGUUUUCUUAUGUUUGCAGAGUGUGUUAUUUAUAAUUGUCUUUGUAAAGUUUUAUACCACGUGAAAACGUUCCAGCACUGUCGACAGACACCGGUGCUGAUAAACAGCGGGAGCGCGUAGUCAUGCUAGUAACAUCAAUAUUGCAAAUGAACAUGCCUUUUUCCUAAGUGUACGUUUCGUUUUAGUCACCGUUAUGCUGUAUAGAUGGGCACAGAAGUUGUUUUUUUUUUAAGUACAGAUAACUGUGAAUGAAAACACACACAUGGUCAAAGAGUUAUUUAGACUAAAAUGUUGACAGAUUUUAUGGUAUUUAUUAACGUCUGAAAAAAAUGUAUUAUAUGUAAAGUAAAUGAAUCCUAAUUUUUAAAAAAUAUGUUGUUGGCUCUUGAAAAUGCUUCAUUGCUAAUUUGCAUAUUGGGUAAUGGAUGUAUGCAGAGGCAAUAAAACAAUGCAGUUACAAAUGA